AUGUCGGCGCCCGAGGGCGGCGCGCUGGCUGCGAAGUGCUUGUGCUGGAGUUGCUGCGACGGUAGCGCCGUGGGGCAGGAGGCCAGCGAGGCCGCGGAGGGUCCGCGGCAGCCGCACCUGCCCGAAUUGGAGGAGGUGGAGGUGACGGAGCGGAAGCAGGAGCUGUGGGAAAAGUUCGGCGGCUUUGAGCUCGACCCCGUGCUCGGCAGCGGGGCGGUUGUCCUGGUGGACGCGGAGUGGGUGGUGGAGCGGGCGGGCUCCGGCGGAACCCUCGAGCCGCGCCAGGCUUUGCCGCCGGUUGCGUUCAUGCCCCACAGCGGGGUCAAAGCUGCCACUGGCGAGGGCGAACUUCCACUGCUGCACAUAGCUUGUGUCUCACAUUGCUGGUUGCAGGCUGAUCACCCCCACCCUCACGGCCACAACCUGCGCAUCCUGGGCCGGGCUUUGCAGCUGCUGUCCGCAGAUCCUGGUCCUAGUGUCACUGGCCGCUGGGCAGUGUUCAUGGACUUCAUCUGCAUCCAUCAGAACUGCAGGGAUCACGGGGGUGCCCCUCGGCGGUGCACGUAUCAGCGGCUCGACGGGUCAGAGUGCUUUGAGGCCGGCGCAAUCGGCCGCUUCGAGCGCGAGGGUGAGCUCUUCAAGGAGGCCUUGGGCAGCCUUGGGAGUUUCUACUCCCACCCUGCCACAGUCGUAUUCAUGCUGACACGGUUCCCCGAUGACUACGACAAUCCUGGAGUAUACACCCGAUCUGGCAACACUGCACUCUAUUUCGACCGCGGUUGGUGUUUUUGCGAGUCCUCAUGGGCAAUGUUGACGAAGGUUUCUUUUCUUUUGGUGGACCUCGGACAAGCCACUGGAGACGAGACAACCUAUGGGGACUUGGUACGCAGGUGCUCCGCAGGGCGGAAGGCGCCCGCCUUGCCCGACGCUUUCGAAGCGGAGCUCCACAGCAAGGGCUUCACGAACGGCAAGGACGAUCGCCCGCGGGUUGCCGAGCUGUACCGUUCGGCGUUUGCGCAGCGCUUCGAGUCCGCAGAGCUGCUGGUGUACACGAGCCUGGACUGGGGGGACGAGGAGGUCAGGCAGGUGGCCGCGGUGCUCACUUCGGUCGCCCUGCCGCGCCUGCAGUGGCUCGACCUCUCCGGCAACCGCGUGGGGGACGAGGGCGCGGCCGCGCUGGCGGAGGCCCUCCGGGCCCCGGACGCCCUGCCGAGCCUGCAGACGCUCGCCCUCCGGGCCCCGGACGCCCUGCCGAGCCUGCAGUGGCUCGACCUCUCCACAACCGCGUGGGGGCCGAGGGCGCGGCCGCGCUGGCGGAGGCCCUCCGGGCCCCGGGCGCCCUGCCGAGCCUGCAGGGGCUCGACCUCAACCGGCAACCGCGUGGGGGCCGAGGGCGCGGCCGCGCUGGCGCAGGCCCUCCGGGCCCCGGACGCCCUGCCGAGCCUGCAGUGGCUCGACCUCUCCUGCAACCGCGUGGGGGACGAGGGCGCGGCCGCGCUGGCGGAGGCCCUCCGGGCCCCGGACGCCCUGCCGCGCCUGCAGCGCUCGACCUCUCCGGCCCUCCGGGCCCCGGACGCCCUGCCGCGCCUGCAGGUGCUCAACCUCUCCUGCAACCGCGUGGGGGACGAGGGCGCGGCCGCGCUGGCGCAGGCCCUCCGGGCCCCGGACGCCCUGCCGCGCCUGCAGGUGCUCAACCUCUCCUGCAACCGCGUGGGGGACGAGGGCGCGGCCGCCCUGCGCGCGGCGUGGGCCGCGGGCGGCCACCCCGUGGGCGGCGAGUUCGAGGGGCGUGACCUCUGA